AUGGCUAUGGUUCGGCGGAUGCUACUGCUCUUUCUUGCAGUGCUCCCCGCACUAGCCACCUCCGGCGCACACGGUGAUGGUAACCUCACUGUCCUAUGCCAUUCAGAUGAAGCAGCAACCCUUCUCCAACUAAAGAAAUCCUUCUUAUUCUCUAAAGCCACCACCAGCCUUCCAUCUUGGCAAGACGGCACCAACUGUUGUCGUUGGGAAGGUGUUGGCUGCGGUGGCUCCACUGGUCGUGUCACGAACCUCAACCUCAAUGGUCGUGGCUUGAUCAGCCCAGGUCUUGAUCCUGUGAUCUUUAAUCUCGCCUCCCUCCGAUUUCUCGACCUUAGCAGGAAUGACUUUAGCGGAAAGUCCAUGAUAAGUGGAUUUAGCGGCUAUAGCAUGCCCACUGUUGGACUUGAGAGACUUACUUUUCUCUCCCACCUCAACCUCUCCAAAUCAGGAUUUGAGGGUGAAAUCCCUAUUGCCAUCGGCAAACUUGAGAAUCUUGUCUCCUUGGAUCUUUCUAUUGACGUGGAAGAUGACUUCCUACUGAUCAACUCGUCAUGGAUAUCUGAUUUUCAAGGCCUAGUGGGGAACCUCCGCAAUCUGAGAGAGCUCUACCUUGAUGGUGUGGAUAUGUCUGGUAGCGGAGAAGGGUGGUGUGACACUCUAGUUAAAUCUACUCCUCGUCUUCAGGUUCUUAGCUUGGGGGAGUGUUAUCUCUACGGUCCGAUCCACCAAUCCCUUUUGAACCUCAGCUCUCUAACUGUGAUCAAUCUCCAAAGCAACAGUGAUAUCUUUGCUGGACGGUUUCCAGAGUUCUUCAUGGAUUUUGUCAAUUUAACUGUGCUUCAAGUUUAUGAUAAUAAUCUUGAGGGAUGGUUCCCUCCUAGGAGCUUCCAGUCGAAAAGACUAAGGUUCCUUGAUUUGUCUGGCAAUACAGCCCUUUCCGGGAGUUUGCCGAACUUUUCUGAUGCAAGGUCUUUACAUUCUUUGAUACUAUAUGAGACCAACUUUUCAUUUUCUAAACCAAGCUCUUUCAGCAAUUUCUUGUCAUUGCAAGAGUUAGCUCUUGAUGCAAAAUAUAUUUCUGCUGAGUUUCGCUCUUCACUGAAUAUGCUUCCCUCUUUGAGCGUAUUGUCGCUCAGUGGGUUUGGCUUCUCAGGAGAGUUAGAAUCAACAUUUUCAUGGAUUGGGGACCUGAAGAACUUGGCAGGCUUGGUACUUUUGGAAUGCGACCUCUCUAGCACAAAAUCGUCCUCCAUUAGCAACUUCAACAACUUGAGAAGAUUGAGUAUUUUCACCUGCAACCUCACUAUGCCAAUACUAUCUGCAGUUGGUAAUCUCAUGGACUUGCAAAGCUUGGUUAUAUAUGGCUGUGGACUAAAUGGCCCGAUGCCAUCUUCAAUUGGCAACCUCACAAAUUUAAGAACAUUGGAUAUCUCUUAUUGUGAUUUUCUAGGGCCAAUUCCAAUUUCAAUUGGCAAUCUCGUGAAUUUGAGAAGCCUGAGCCUAGAUUCUUCUCGCUUUUCUGGGCCAAUGCCAUCUGAAAUGGGCAACAUCACGAAUUUAAGAAGUCUGGACAUCAUUGAUUGCGGUUUUCCGGGGCGAAUGCCAUCUACAAUUGGCAAUCUCGUGAAUUUGAGAAGCAUGCAUCUAGUAUAUUCUGAUUUUUACGGGCCAAUACCAUGUGCCAUUGGCAAUCUCAGUAGGUUGCAAAGCAUGCAACUCGGGUGCAAGCUUUCUGGGACAAUACCAUAUGAAGUUGGGCAGCUCAAGGAGUUGACAUCUUUGAUACUUGGUGGUAACAAAUUUACCGGAGGAAUACCGAAUUCAGUUGGUAAUUUGACCAGUCUGCAAUAUUUGGAUCUAUCACAGAAUUAUCUCAAAGGGGAAAUUCCAGUGUCUCUCUCUAAUCUUCCAUUGCAAUACUUGGAUCUUUCUCAGAACAAACUUUCUGGUCCUAUAAAAGAGUUCACGGUGGCAUCUUUGGGCUUGGAGUACUUGUUCCUAUCCAUGAACAAAUUGACUGGGCAGAUUCCCAGGUCAAUCCUUGACCUCACAAAUUUGAGAAAACUGCUUAUUGAUUGGAACAACUUGGUAGGUUUGGUGGAACUUACCUCAUUUUGGAGGCUAAGAAAGCUAAUUGAUUUGAGGCUUUCACACAAUAAAUUGUCUAUCGUGGAUGGAGAAGGCAAUAAUAACUCCUCAACCUAUUUCUCUGGAAUUUCCAGCUUACAGCUUGGGUGUUGCAACAUAACCAAAUUUCCGACUGUUUUGGCACGCGUAAGCAAUGUGCGUGAUUUGGAUCUCUCAUGCAAUAGACUCAGUGGGGACAUACCAGAUUGGAUAUGGGGGAGAUGGAACAAUAGCCUUUCAUAUUUAAAUCUUUCACACAACAUGUUCACCGGCAUGCAACUUAAUUCAUCUUUUCUCCCUUCAAGUACACUGGCAUUUCUUGAUCUUAGUGCUAAUCGUCUCGAGGGGCAGAUUCCUAUACCAUACUCGCCACUGCUAUUUGUGGAUUAUUCACACAAUAAUUUCUCUUCUGUUCUUCCAAACUUCACUUCAUAUCUUGGUACCACAUAUCUCAGCAUGUCCAACAACAGUAUAAAUGGAUGUAUGACAGAUUCAGUUUGCAGUGGAAUUAUGGGUGUGUUUGACCUAUCCUACAACAAUUUUAGUGGGCCGAUUCCUUCCUGUCUGAUAGAAAGUGGUGGACUGGUGGUGUGA